AUUCGCGCGCGUCCUUUUUUCUAGAAAAAACUGAAAUGUCAAAUGGAAGCCAGACUUGAACGGUCCGGCUUAGCUUCUAGAUUCCAGGCCACGAAAUUCCAAUUUUGCCCUCCCUUGGCGGCUCUAAUCUAUGGAAGGAGUGAAGACAUAGUCGUAACUACGUCCAACAAUCAAGGGCAAUUGUCGGUACUCCGGCACCCUCCUCCGCUCCCCGGCGGACGUCACUCAAAUUGAUUGCAAUAUUACCGUAUCGGCUCCCAUUAAUUUAUACCAGACCUCUUCCUCCCGCGUAAUUACAUAAACCGCCACUUCCCCAUUGAUUGCCGACUGCAUUCAUACAUUUCUCUGCUUCAAUUCCAUACUCUCUCUCUCUCUCUCUCUCUCUCUCUCUGGUUUGAUUCAUGGCUUCUGCGGAGUUGCAGGGGAGUUCGGAUAGUGUUCAGGGACCAGAAGAGGGUCAUGGAAGUUCGCAGAAGAAGCCCGAAAAUAUUAAGAACAGAAGGCGCAGCAAGAAGAGGCAUUCGUACCUGUUGAAAUUUGGGUGCUUCAGAUCGGAAGAUGAUGAUUUUCCUACCGUGGAAAGAUCGGACGGCGGUAGGAAGGGGUUGGACAUGGUGGCUGAUCCUGCAGGAGAGCGUCGCGCGCCUGCCCAUCUGGUCAUAUUGGUUAACGGUCUCGUUGGCAGUGCGCAAAAUUGGAGAUAUGCUGCAAAGCAGUUCUUGAAGAAGUAUUCCCAAGAUGUUAUUGCUCACUGCAGUGAAUGUAAUCCUUCAAGGCUGACAUUUGGUGGUGUUGACGUAAUGGGAGAGAGAUUAGCACAAGAGGUAAUAUCAGUCAUAAAACGUUACCCAGAUGUGCAGAAGAUCUCAUUUGUGGGUCAUUCAUUAGGUGGCCUUGUAGCAAGGUAUGCUAUUGCUAGGCUUUAUGGACGAGAUCUGACAAUGGAACUAUCACAAGGUCAUGAGAAUCAUAAUGGUGAGAGACCUGGAGAUCCAUGCCUUGAAGAUAAAUAUAGAGGUAAAAUUGCUGGGCUAGAGCCGAUGAAUUUUAUCACAUUCGCAACACCACACCUUGGCUCAAGGGGGCAUAAGCAGGUGCCUGUGUUCUGCGGCUUCAACAGAAUGGAAAGGGCAGUAUCUCAUAUUUCGUGGUUUCUUGGAAGAACUGGUAGGCAUCUGUUUUUGACCGAUCAUGAUGAUGGAAAACAGCCUCUUCUUCUUCGGAUGGUCAAUGAUUGUGAAAAUCUUCCAUUUAUGUCAGCUUUGCAGUCCUUCAGGCGUCGUGUUGCCUAUGCAAAUGUACAUUUUGACCAACUCGUGGGAUGGAGUACAUCAUCUAUACGAAAGCAAAAUGAACUUCCCAAGCGUCAACAAUUUUCAAGCCACGAUAAAUAUCCACAUAUUGUCAAUGUAGAGGAAGCGACAGUUGCCAGUUCAAAACAAGAAGUUUCUUCGGAAGCCAACAUCAAGAAAUCCAAGACCAUAGACAUGGAAGAGAAAAUGAUCAGAGGUUUAACAAAAGUAAGCUGGGAACGAGUUGAUGUUGAUUUCAAGGGAAGUAGACAAAGAUUUCUCGCACACAGCACCAUUCAGGUGAAAAGCUACUGCAUCAAUUCUGAUGGAGCUGAUGUAGUUUUACACAUGGCUGACAAUUUUCUUCUAUGAAGCCGGGUUAUUUUACUGGCACAGUCUGCAUAGAGCUGGAUAAAUGUGCAUAUAGGUUUGAUUUUUAAAAAAUUAAAACAAAAAAGAAGCCUUGUAAUCUUUAUGCAGUUUAUUCUUCUUCAUUAUGAGCUUCAAAACUCACCUGAUUUUUCAUUUGUGGAGUGUGGGAAUGGGUGUAGUCUGUAGAGAGUUUACUGAUCCUUGCUUACAAUAGCCCUUGUUGAAAAAUUUUGUAAAUCAAUAAAUGUAAUUUUUUGAGCUUUUACUUGUAAACAUAGUUCAUUCUUGUUCUUC